CAGCCCAACCCCGCUGCUCUAACUGGCUUCAAGUCAUCUUUCGUUACAUUACAGUGAAAGCGCAUCCUUAGUGCUUUCACCGAAAGCUCUCUGCGAGGUUUGACUUACGAUCGAAGGUUCUUCUGUAAAAGCUUUCACUUGGGCUUUGAUCUUUGUGACCUUGGUGUAACUGAAUAGGUAAAAAGAGUAUUAGCCAUGCGUAUCGAGGAGGUCUCCUCGACGACCAAGACCCAGCGCGUGGCGACGCACACGCAUAUUAAGGGCCUAGGUCUUCAAGACAAUGGCACGGCACUGCCAAUGUCGGCGGGAUUCGUGGGCCAGGAGCAGGCGCGUGAGGCUUGUGGCGUCGUGGUCGACAUGAUCCGUCAAAAGAAAAUGGCAGGCCGCGCGCUACUUUUGACUGGUGCACCAGGCACCGGUAAGACAGCUUUGGCGCUGGGAAUCGCCCAGGAGCUUGGAACUAAGGUGCCGUUCUGCCCCAUGGUGGGCUCGGAGGUGUACUCCAGCGAGGUCAAGAAGACGGAGGUGCUGAUGGAGAACUUUCGGAGAGCCAUCGGCCUGCGCAUCAAGGAAAACAAGGAGGUUUAUGAGGGCGAGGUGACGGAGCUGACGCCAGAGUACACGGAGGCGGCGGGCACUGGCUUUGGAAAGGUGGUCAGUCACGUGGUGAUCGGGCUCAAGACAGCUAAGGGCACCAAACAGCUCAAGCUGGAUCCCACCAUCUACGACGCGCUCCAAAAGGAGAAGGUGGCGGCGGGCGACGUGAUCUACAUCGAGGCCAACAGCGGUGCCGUGAAGCGCGUGGGCCGCUGCGACGCCUACGCCACUGAGUUCGACCUGGAGGCGGAGGAGUACGUGCCGCUGCCAAAGGGCGAUGUGCACAAGCGCAAGGAGAUUGUGCAGGACGUCACGCUGCACGACCUGGACUCCGCCAACGCGCGGCCACAGGGCGGCGGCGACAUUAUGAGCGUCAUGGGCAGCAUGCUCAAACCCAAGAAAACCGAGAUCACAGACAAGCUGCGGCAAGAAAUCAACAAGGUGGUGAACCGCUACAUCGAUCAGGGUGUGGCGGAGCUGGUGCCGGGUGUGCUGUUCAUUGAUGAGGUGCAUAUGCUGGACAUUGAGUGCUUCACCUACCUCAACCGCGCGCUGGAGAGCUCGCUCUCGCCCAUCGUCAUCUUCGCCACGAACCGCGGCCUGUGCACCAUCCGCGGCACCGACAUUACCUCGCCGCACGGCGUCCCGGUGGACCUGCUGGACCGCCUGGUCAUCAUCCGCACGCUGCCCUACACGCUGUCGGAGAUGGUGCAGAUCCUAGCCAUCCGCGCCCAGGUGGAGGGCAUUGGCAUCGACGAGGAGUCGCUGGCGUUCCUGGGCGAGGUGGGCGAGCGCACAUCGCUGCGCCACGCGGUGCAGCUGCUAACGCCGGCCUCCAUGCUGGCGCGCACCAACGGCCGCGACGCCAUCGUGCGCGGGGACCUGGAGGACGUGGACAACCUGUUCCACGACGCCAAAUACUCGGCACGGCUGCUGGCGGAGCAGGCAGACAAGUACAUCAGCUAGUGAGAGGCAGGUGGCUAGUGGGGCUGCGGUGGCCUGGACAGCUGUGUCAGUAGGUGUGAGGUGUGCGUAGCAUCAGCUGCCGGUAGUAGUGGCUUUGACGUGUGCCGGGGUAGACACCGACAAUACAUCACCAUCGACAGCCAGACCAUUGAACGCAUGUAGUGUGCAGGAGAGGAUGCUGCUAUCCUUAGGUACCCUGAAGCCGUGAAGGUACAGUAGCAGGUGGUUGGUUGGGGUGCAGCAUGGGGUAUGUGUUUCGGCGAUUACGCAGUUUGGUACCCCUGUAAGCCGCUUUUCCC